AUGAAGGCUACUUUUCAAACUGGUAUCACUAGAGAUCGUGAAUGGAGAGAAGAACAAUUGGACAAGUUUAUUGCCAUGUUCGAGGAAAAUAAGGAGGAUUGGAAGGAAGCUCAAGUCAAGGAUUUGGGACAAACAGAACCAUUAAAAACCAUUGAAGUUGGUUUGUCUGUGGGAUCUGCUCAAUUCUUGAAGGGUGAUUUGAAGAGAUUGAUGAAGGAUGAAUAUGUUAAUAUUGUCAAUCCUGCCAAUCUUCCUUCAGAAGGCUUUAUUAGAAAGGAACCUUUGGGUGUUGUUCUGAUUAUUGCUCCAUGGAAUUAUCCAAUCAGUUUGUUGGCUAUUCCACUUUCUGGUGCUUUGGCAGCUGGUAAUUUGGUUAUUUUGAAACCUUCCGAAGUUUCUCCAAAUGUUUCCUCUACCUUUGCUAAACUAAUUCCUAAAUAUUUUGAUGAGAAAUAUGUUCGUGUCAUUGAAGGUGAUGCAACUGUGACAACCAACUUGUUGAAGGAACCAUAUGAUCACAUUUUCUACACUGGCAGCAUUAGAGUCGGAAAGAUUGUUAUGCGUGCUGCUGCUGAACAUUUGACUCCUGUAACUUUGGAACUUGGAGGUAAAUCACCACUCAUUAUUGACAAGGAUAUUGAUAUUUCAGUUGCUGCCAACAGAAUUGCCUGGGGUAAGACAUUCAAUAAUGGACAAACUUGUGUUGCUCCAGAUUAUGUCUUGUUGGAUGGUAGAAUUGCUGACAAAUUCAUUCCAGCCCUCAAGGAAGCCAUCACUAAAAUGUAUGGUGAAGAUCCAUCCAAAUCUCCAGACUAUUCCAGAAUUGUCACAGGUACACAUGUAAAACGUCUUAAGGCAAUUAUUGAUCAAGUCAAGGAUAAGGUUAUCUAUGGUGGUAAUGCAGAUGAAUCAGCCAAGUACGUACAACCAACCUUGAUCCUCAAUCCUGAUAUGGAAAAUGAUAUUGUCAUGCAAGAAGAACUUUUCGGACCUCUUUUGCCAAUCAUUAUUUAUGGAGAAUCUAAAUCAACUGAAUAUCCAAGCGUUUUGAAAGAUCUUGAUGCUGGUUUGAAAUUCAUUAAUCAAAGAUCUAAGCCAUUGGCAUUGUAUAUUUAUUCAAAGAAUCAACAAUUGGUUGAAAGAAUCAUGAAGGUUACUCAAUCUGGUGCUGUUGGUAUCAAUGAAUGUGUUCUCCAAGUUGGUGAAGAACAUCUUCCAUUUGGUGGUGUUGGACACAGUGGUAUGGGAGCUUAUCAUGGUGAUGCCUCUUUCAAUACUUUCACUCACCAAAAGUCUGUCUUGAAGAAGAAGUACUGGCUUGAUUUGGAUCUCAGAUAUCCACCAUUCUCUGAUACUAAGAGAAAUCUCUUGCUCACCACCCUUGGUGAUAAUAUUAUUACUCGUUAUAUUCUUCCAGUUGGUGGAUUCUUUAUGAAUAUUGUCAACAAGUGUUUCAAAUAA